AUGCCAGUGCGUGCGGCCGGUGCUGAGUCAGGAACGGGCACCCCCAAAUCCCCCUCCGAGACCAUGGAGGAGCUGGAACACACCUGCCCACAGCCGCGCAUGACUCUGACAGCACCUGCUCCAUUUGCAGAUGAAACAAGCUGUCAGUGCCAAGCACCCCAUGAGAAGUUAACCAUUGCACAAGCCCGCCUGGGAACACCAGUUGACAGACCUGUCAGAGUAUAUGCAGAUGGAAUAUUUGACCUCUUCCACGCUGGCCAUGCUAGAGCUCUUAUGCAAGCCAAAACUCUAUUCCCAAAUAGCUACUUAUUAGUAGGAGUUUGCAGUGAUGAUUUAACUCAUAAAUUCAAAGGCUUCACUGUGAUGAAUGAAACUGAGCGAUAUGAAGCCCUCAGACACUGUCGUUAUGUGGAUGAGGUCAUCAGAGAUGCACCCUGGACACUGACACCUGAGUUCCUUGAAAAACAUAAGAUUGACUUCGUAGCUCAUGAUGACAUCCCGUACUCUUCUGCUGGAUCGGAUGACGUAUACAAACACAUAAAGGAGGCAGGAAUGUUUGUACCUACGCAGAGAACCGAAGGUAUCUCCACAUCGGAUAUCAUCACGCGGAUCGUCCGGGACUACGACGUGUACGCCCGGCGCAACCUCCAGCGAGGAUACACGGCCAAAGAGCUCAACGUCAGUUUCAUAAAUGAGAAGAAGUAUCGCUUUCAAAACCAAGUGGACAAAAUGAAAGAAAAAGUCAAGAAUGUGGAGGAAAAGUCAAAAGAAUUUGUUUACAAGGUGGAAGAGAAGAGCCAUGACCUCAUUCAGAAAUGGGAAGAGAAGUCCAGGGAAUUUAUUGGCAACUUUUUAGAGCUAUUUGGACCUGAUGGAGCUUGGAAGCAGAUGUUCCAGGAACGAAGCGGCCGAAUGCUCCAGGCUUUUUCUCCCCGGCAGAGCCCAAACAGCAGUCCUACGCGAGGCCGCUCUCCGUCCCGUUCUCCAUCUCCACCCUGGGUCAUCAAUAAGACCUCCCCUCCCUCUUCUCCAAAAGCUGCCUCUGCCUCCCUCAGCAGCAUGAGCGAGGGAGAUGAGGAUGAAAAAUAA